AUGAUUUGCAAUUUCUGUCGCAAAGCGAUUUUCGAAUCGCAAGUUUCGGGCCCCCGAGGAUGUCAUCACCAGCGACUCAACGAUUUUGAGGAGUCGGUAUUAGAAGGAUGCGUGUUCUGUACACGGCUGAUGGGAAACAUUAAAAGCCAACGGUCUCAAUCAGAGAAGAAAUGGCUGGAAAAGUUGAAUGCUGGAGAAUGCAUAUACAGAUGGGGUCUUCGGCAAAUGGCUAGGACGAGCGAAAGCCAGGAGUCCAUCAUCAUCAAUUUUCGGUCAACGCCUCUCGGUGCGGAUAGAAAAGCAACGUAUCUGCCUGAUGAAAUAUUCUAUUUGAUGCCAGAGCAAGAAUCGUCGCCACUGCCGUUACCGGAGCAGAUGGGCAAGGCGACCGACUCUGGUCAGUCUCUGGGUCAAGUCAAGCAGUGGAUCAAGACCUGCGUCAACGGCCACCCCGAUUGCCAACGAAAGGGGCCAAACACGAAAACGCUUCCAAAGCGCUUGCUAGAUUUAGGCGCGGAAAGCUCGGCGUGGCCUCCCGAGCAUGUCCGUAUCAUUGCUUCCAAGGAGUUGAGCAGUGCCGACCAAGUUCACAGGCGAUAUGUCACGCUCAGUCACUGCUGGGGCCCGAAUCCGACCUUUGCUCAGCUCAAUCAGGAUAACCUAGAGACAUGGAUGACCACGGGGAUCCCGUGGACCGACUGUUGCAGCAACAAGAACUUUGAGGAAGCCCUGCAGGUCGCGCGGAAUCUGGGGAUCAGGUACAUUUGGAUCGACUCGUUGUGCAUUAUUCAACACAAUGCAGAGGACUGGGAAGAAGAGGCGCCCAUGAUGCGCGACAUUUACCGCAACUCCUUUUGCAACAUUGCGGCCUCGGACUCUGCAGAUGGAUAUGGAGGCCUGUUUCGUUCUCGAAAUGGUACAAGCGUGGCAGCUCCCGUCUACAGCGGCCAAGUCGGCACGUCGAUCCCCUUGCUGGCCGGGCGGACCUGGAGGAUCGUCUCGGGCAGUAUGUGGAGGCGCGAGCUCUUGGAACAGCCGCUGUACAAGCGAGGCUGGGUCUUUCAGGAGCGAAUGCUGGCGCCGCGCAUCUUGCACUUUUGCAAAGAGCAGGUCUUUUGGGACUGCGCGACCACGAGCGCGUGCGAGACUUUUCCGGCCGGUCUGCCGACGCAGCUGGACGGCACGGCGCGCAUCGAUCGGCGCUGGCGGGCGUGGCUCGGAGCGCCCAGUCCGGAAGCUCGGCAGAAUAUGAACAUUGACACGUUUUGGUCGUCGGCGGUCUCGGCAUACACAGGCAAUGAGUUGACCUUUCACAAGGACAAGCUGAGCGCAAUCUACGGCGUUGGGAAUAUCGUGGCCGAGGCCAUGCAGGAAGGAUGGGGAGACUGGGUUGCUGGUCUCUGGUCUACUCGUCUCGAAAACCAACUCGCCUGGACGGUCAUUGACCCUGCCGAGGCAACGCGUCCCAAGUCUCAAGCUGGGGAGUCGUUGACGUUUCCUAGUUGGUCAUGGACAUCAAUCAAAGGACAAGUUCGAACGGCGCAAAUCUGGGCGCCCUUGACUAUCUACACUGCCGAGAACCAUGCCGGGGAGAGCGUGGCAUUUGCAAAAAUUGACGAGACCAAAGGCAAUCUUGUUUCUCCUGAUGCUUUGGCGUUGCGCUGCCAUGUUGGGAAUGGCACUCUAAAGCAGCAACAAGGGCACGAUCGGUUUAUCCUCGAGGUGGGGUGCGCCAACACCAGCCACGAUAGCUUCAUCCAAGUAUUCCCCGAUACGAUCUUGACGACGGGCACAAGUUUUCAGUUCCUGAUUCUCUUUGUGUCCAAGGAGCCUGCCAAGCUACGUACAGCAGAUGGCCGUGAGAUCUUGAGGGCAAUUGAUGAGGACGAUCCUGCGACCGAGUUCACCUACUCUGGACUUGGUCUUUUGAUUGAAGAAGGUGGGUUCAAGCCUGGGUGUUAUGAACGGCUUGGUGUCAUUAAAUUUUCGGAAUUGAAUGAGCAGGAUUGGCAGCAGGUCAGACGUGCUUGCAAUGAGCAAAGUGACGGCAAGGGAUGUGAUGGUUUUACUCCUAGGUCAGCAAGUGCAAAAUCGAUUUGGCUAGUAUGA